AUGCUUGUUUGGCCAUGAUUUAAGGAAAUCUUGGCGCACAUUUUCCAGUUUUGGCUGCAAGGCAUGCUGUGUGAGUAAUGAAUUACAGACAAGGGAUGACUCGUUCUGUAGCUUAAUUUUCCAAACCUUUAUUUGCCUAAUGUGAAAGUUAAAUAGCAGCAUGGGGUUGCGGUUGUUUGGUUUCACGGAAUGACAAGGAGGCUUGCACAGAAAAGAAGCCUGUUUAGAAAACAUCCUUCACACUCAGGCGUGGAUUAACUAUUAUUAGAAUGAACAAGUAGCUUAAGUUGCGAAGUAAUCUGCUUGGUGGUUGUUGAUUUUUGCAUUUUUAUAGGGUUUUAUCCUUGUUUGCCUAUACAACAUUUAUCAUUGGUUUAUCCAAAUACUGUAUACAGCGAGUUUUGUUGUAAUGAUGCAGUAAUAUUAAAAGCUAAAGAUAAAGUAAUGGUUUUAAAAUUAAGUUUAUCAAGUUGUAUUUUAAACUUCAAAGAAAUUGCAUAUCAAAACAACUAUUUUUACUUUUCGUCUCCGAAUGCAUCAUAAGUGACACACCCACCUCACGUCGAAUUAAGAGCUGUGAUUGGCUGCUGAUCCGCCCUGCUCAGCGCUGAUUGGUUGCACAACCCAGAAGGGAAAAAGGGAAGGGGGAAGAAAUUGUGUCAACUAAACCUCACGCAAUCUUGAGUCGCUCGUAUCUUACCUGUAGAGCUCGUCAAAAACUAAACUAAAAGGAUACAAAAUGGGGUGCUUUUAUUCGAAAAAAUCCAAGCGGAAGUCGUCGGAAAAAGAAGAACCGACAACGACGACGCUGGAAACUACGACGACCAGCAACGCUGUUCCCCUUGGCAACAACACAGACGAGGCGGCACCGAAACAGUACAGCUGGGACAAGAGAGAAAAGGUGGACCCCAAAGACUACAUGCUUACAGGCCUCAAAGACGUGACAGCGGGUCGCCUCCCCGGGAAGCUGAACGGUCAACAGUUUGUCAUCCAGGACUGCCACAACUGCGACAUCUACGUGUUCGACCACGCGGCGGCCGUCACCAUCGACGACUGCGUUAACUGUCGCAUCGUGCUGGGCCCGGUCAAGGGCAGCGUCUUCUUUCGGGACUGCAAGGAUAUCCGCUGCGUGCUGGCAUGCCAGCAGUUCCGUACGCGGGACUGCAAAAAAAUGGAGGUGUUCCUGUGCUGCGCCACGCAGCCCAUCAUCGAGUCAUCCACGGGUAUGAAGUUUGGCUGCUUCCAGUACUACUACCCCGAGCUGGCCUUCCACUUCAAGGACGCCGGUCUGAGCAUCUUCAACAACAACUGGAGCAACGUACACGACUUCACGCCCGUGGCCGGCGAGACCAACUGGAGCCUGCUGCCCGAAAGCGCCGCCGUGCUGGAGUCGGUGCCGGCCCCCAGCGCCGACUCUGACUUUAAGGCGGUCCGCAUCUCGGCGGACGUGUCGCGCAGCAUCGUGCCGCUGACCAAAGGAGGCCGGCGUAAGGAUAGCGAAGAGUCCUGUCUGUUUGUGUUCUUUGCCGGAGAGUACACCACCGCCAAUGCACGCAAAAUGAUCGACGAGGUGACUGCCAAAGAUUUCGUGCUGAUCCAGACCAAAGAGGUGUCGAUGCGGCCCGAAGACGUUAAGCGUGUGUUCCAGAACAACGCCGAGGAUCUCGUGGAGUCGAUCAGCAAAGGUCCCGUCAUCGCUCUGGAGCUGAAUGGUGACGGCGUUGUGGAAGCCUGCAAGAACAUAGCCAGCGAGGUGUUUGCCGGCACUAAGUUUUUUGUCUCAGACAACAAGAACACAUCAUCUCGUGACGUGGACAACUUCUUCAAUUUUGCCGACAUGCAAAUGGGCUUGUGAGGCGUCAGGUCUGUACAUAUUUGGAUGCAGCUUUGUUUGGGUGCACUGCUCCAAUCUAUGUGGGCCACACACCAUCCAGACCUACUGCUGCUUUCAUAACAAAACCUCAAGCUGGAAUGUUUGACCUGACGAAGGAGCUUUGAAUGUAUGGCGCGGCCGCCCGAUCAUGUUAUUUACACAAUCAAUGCAAAUGGAAAUUCACCCUCAUGCUGUCUGCAUUUUUUUUUUUACCACUUGCUGUUUGUUAGCUGCUGCCAUUAGAAGUGGCAGAAGUACUCACAUGGUGUACAUAUGUAGAAGUGCACACACUUGUAUAUCAAAAAAAAAAAAACCUGGAAAAAUAAUAAUCGAUUUAACCCCUUAAGGAAACAAAACCACACUCUGAAAUGCACUUUUGUUGGUUGCGACUUUCGGCGAGUGCUAUCAGGCGUCACAACAAUGAGUUCAAAUUAAUUGUGACUGCUGCUCUCUUGUUGACUCUCCCCACAAAUGUAGAUUUUUGGUCUGAAAUAUUUAAGGUUGUCAGCCCAAUUCGUUUUGGACGAUAUAGUAUAGUAAGUAUUUGUACUUGGUUACCUGACACUACUGGUCAACGUGUGCUUGGGUGUAUAUUUGUAAUUUGUAUUUAUUUCUUAAUGCUUGCUUCUGUCAAAAUGUGAACGUGGAGCACGAGUGUUGGUUCUUUCACUGCCUGGAACAUCGGGAGCACAAGAAUGCCUCAUAUUUAUGUAUAAAGAUUGUCACGCGUCUGUACGAUACUUGAGUGUACGAUGGAGCGCACCUUUACUAUAAAUGAACGUGUAUGCUGUAUUUGUCGGCCAUCAUUUGAGCAGUCUUUUUUGUAUAAUGUGUUUUAUAUGCUUUGUUACAUGAUUUUGUAUAGAGACCAAUUGAUGUUUGAUGCUGAAUGUUUUUUUUUUUUUUUAAAUAAAAGUUUACAUUUGUGA